UUUUAUUUUGUGGCAAAUAUAUUGCCCUCUUCCCAUUUUUCUUCCUCAAUAGCGAGUGAAGCCAAUCGUCCCCAAAGAAAAUACUACAGUAAGAAAUUUUUUCUACGCAGCUAUGUCCGAACGCCGGCCUCCAUCAAUGGCGGCCCUGAAAACCGACGACCCUCUCUCCCGGCGCAUCGCCCGCUCUUUCCUCCACUUCCUUAACUCCGUUGAGCCUUCGGCCGGAGUUGAUAGCGAGGCACUUGAUGUGGCGAGGGAAUGUCUGUCGGAAGUGUUUAAGAUCGAUCAAUCUUCCAUAAGUCAGUCGAAUGGUGAGCCGUCUUUGGUAGACAUUUUCAGCUUGCAAGAAGCGAAUGCCGAUCGUGAUGUUGAAAAUAGGGGGUUUUUUGAUGCGACCAGUUCGUAUUCAGGAAAGGAUGAUGCUGUUGUUGUUGAGGAAGGAGGCGGAACAAGGGAGCCUCAUUCGCCUGGGAAAGAUGAACUCUUUGGGAAAUUGUUUGGUGCACUUGAAAAGAUUCAUUACUUUAGAAGGAUGUCUGAUGGAACUGAUGACCAGGGCCAGCUCGAUAGGACGACGCACUUAUUUCAUUAUGCCGUGAAGGUGUUCAAGCAAUUACUGAUAUGUUGCUUAUUUGUAGUGUGUGCGUGCGCAGGUAACAAGCUCGUGCAGUCUAAACGUUACGAUGAAGCAGUUGAGCUGUAUACUUUUGCUGUUGCUCUAUGUGAAGGCAAUGCUGUUUACUAUUGCAACAGGGCGGCUGCAUAUACACAGCUCCAUCGAUAUGCUGAAGCUAUACAAGAUUGUCUGAAGUCCAUAGAGAUCAAUCCACAUUACAGCAAGGCUUAUAGUCGCUUGGGAUUUGCUUAUUACUCCCAAGGAAGGUAUAGGGAUGCAAUUGAUGAAUAUAUGAAAGGUUGGUUAUUAGCUAUCAUAUUUUUGGCAGCGCAUGUGCUGGAUCCUAAUAAUACGUCGAUAAAGGAGAAUGUUCGGGCUGCUGUACAAAAACUGAAUGAAGAAGGUCAGAGUUCAACUUCCACAAACCACCAGCCUCAAUUUCCAUCCAUGCCCUUCAACAUUAGCGGCGAUCCUCCUCAUGACUUCACGGACUUGUUCCGGAACUUUGUACCUCAAGACUUUCAAGGUGGGCCCCACACAGAGAACAACAACGAGCAGCCUGGAAUAAGAAUGGAUGGAAGCGUAAAUUUCAACUUCAACCAAUUGCCAGAGGAGUUAUCCGGUGCUUUUAGGUCCAUGAUGGGGGGGAUGUUCCCUGGUGGGGCCCCACCACCACCACACGAUGGUAAUCAGCAAGAUAACAACCACCACGGAAGGCCGGCUUCAAGUUAACGGGGUACGAUUCGAAAUUUUAAGGGCUCGUUUGGUAAUGUAGUUUUGCUGUAGAUUUUGCGGGGGAAUGAAUGGGCUCGACUUCUAAUUUAGAUUGCAUGAUAAAUAUUUAUAGAAUUUUAUUGUGUCCCGGAUGCGAUUUUUUCGUGGUUUUGAUGUUUUCGGGCGAUAUCGUGUGGUGGUGUCUUUAUUGAUGAUCAACACAACGGUUUGAAAAUUUUUCUCCAGAUUGCAAGGUGAGAUGUAUUCUGGUUUUGUUGUGUUUUGUUGUGUUUUGUUUUGUUCCCACAUCGCCUGUUCAGUAGCUUUCGCUAUUUCUGUAACUAACGUUUUAUUAUUUUAAUUGAUUAGAAUCAAUUCUAUUUUUUUUUUUC